AUGCGGGGGCAAGGGCUGUAUUACACAGACAUCCACACAAGCAUCCGCUUCUACGGCCAUGGCGAACCUGGUGGCUACCUCUUCGGCAUGGUGAUCCCCCGGCGACCGACCACAGACUUCGUCGCGCAACUCGUAGCGCCCCUUAACCACAGCGAUGGGUGGGGAGGCGUGAGCCUGGGAGAUUCCAUGACCGGUCCGCUCCUGCUUGUUACCUGGGCCAACGGCAGCAAUGUAAUGACGGCCGCCCGCAUG